UCAUCACCUUUUGUCGUUAUUCGGUAGCUGUAAACUGGAAAGUCCCUGACAGUCAGGGAGGUUUGAGUCAGGAAAACUGCGGUAAGGUUUGUCAUUUUGAAUGAAGGAUAUUGUCAUUUUCUUAGCUUCGCUGCGCCUGCGAAUCUAAAAUUCGAUCGGGUUGUUUCAUUCGUGAAUUUUUAGCCAGCCGAGUAGAUGCUCCCCUCCGAGUGCUAGCUGGUGUUAGCAGGCUAGCUCUUUGUGUGGCUAGCUGCUAGGUGAGGGAUGUUAUGUUGUUGUUGAACUGAGCAGCCCUCCCGUAGUCUGGGAGAGGAGAUUCAUCAGCUGUGUAUGGGAAAAACGCCUCCUCGACGCCUUCUCGCCAACUGACAGUAUCUGUGAAAGUGGUCCGUCACAUCCUACUAGUUUAACAUUAGUGAGGCGACACCGAGAGAGGAGGGAGUUUGACCGAAGUGAAAGGAGAUGGGAAACUGUCUGAAAUCUCCGACCUCGGACGAUAUUUCUUUGCUACAUGAGUCUCAGUCGGACCGGGCCAGCUACGGAGACGGAGCUGACCCAGACCAGGAGCCACCGCCCCCAUAUCAGGAGCAGAUCCAGGUGCCUGUCUACCACCCUACACCCAGCCAAGCCCGACUAGCCACUCAGCUGACAGAGGAGGAGCAGGUCCGCAUUGCCCAGCGAAUUGGACUCAUCCAGCACCUCCCAAAGGGUGUGUACGACCCAGGGCGGGAUGGCUCAGAGAAGAAGAUCAGAGAGUGUGUCAUCUGUAUGAUGGACUUUGUGUAUGGAGACCCCAUCCGGUUCCUGCCCUGCAUGCACAUCUACCACAUGGACUGUAUAGACGACUGGCUGAUGAGAUCCUUUACCUGCCCCUCCUGCAUGGAGCCUGUGGACGCCGCGCUGCUUUCCUCCUACGAGACCAACUGACACGCACAUGUUUGCCCACAGACACCUGUGGACCAGACAGAAUGGACACACACACACACACACAUUAAAUAUGCACACAAAUGAACACACAACUUCCUUCUUGCCGACCUGCAUCCUGGAUUAGUAAAGUGGGGAUAUACAACAGUGACAAUGUACAAGAUUUUGGAUGAACUUUGUGUGUGUGUGUGUGUGUGUGUGUAUGUAUGUGUGAGCAUGCAUGUGUGUGUGCGUGUGUGCAGCACAAGUUCCUCAGUUGGCCUGCUGGACAGGAUUGGAGGAAUGAACACAGUGUUGAUGUUAAGGAGGAGCAGGAAGGAGCUGGACUGAGGGAGGGAGGACACAAGUGUAAAGGGAAGUCGAGGAGAAUGGAUGACAGUUAACUGCUAUGAUUAAGAAACCUUUCUGAGUUCCGCUUUUAUAUACGCAAAUAAACACACUUCCUUUAUUUAAUCCUCAUAAUUGAAAUGAACUGUACAGAAUGCAGGAGGAUGGACAUCUGGACCACUGUCAUCAGGCUGCAGAUGUUUGAUGCGUCUGCACACAGACACCUGCUGCAGGGUCAUGUCUGCAGCAAAAACCUGCCACACGGGCAGAGAUGUGACUGUCAGAGAUGGACACUAUGAACAUCAGAUAUAUUCUGCAGACAUACCCAAAGGCCUCCACUUGGCCUCUAGUUGUCUGUCUGUAUAGAUCUUUUGGGAGAAAAAUAAGUUUGGUCGGUGGAUUGAUUCGUUGUCCUGUGACUUUGUGAAACAUGUUCUGUGUUUUGUCAGUCAGCAUAAGGGCUUUGCUCAACCAGUGUGUUUACCAACAACACAGAUAUGGCAAAAGGAAGUACAUUAUGUGCUUUAGUCACUAAUGUGGUGGUAGCUGUAGACUGUUGCUGUCAGAACUACUGACUCGCAGAUUAAUGACUAAAGCACAAGUAGACCAGUUGACAAACAGUUGAUACAAAUCAGAGAUAUUUGCACUUAUUCAUCAGACUUGUGACAAGAGUUGACCAUAUGCAUUCAGUAUGUCAACAUGAAGUAUGUGAUUUGCCUUACAUUCAUACUAACUACCAUUGCAGUGAUACGUAAUGAAAGCCACUGUUUCUGUGGACCAAGAGUGGCAACGUAAUUUAUUACUGGUGACAUUAACCAAAGUACUGAAUUGAAAUAAUCAAGUUCAUUGUCUGCUAUUGUCCAAAUCAUGUCAUUCUAAGAACAAGUUCAGGACAGAUUAAAAACAUGCACAAGGCUGGCCUCAUUUAAUUUAUUUACAUAGGCAAAGUAUCAUGUCAUUCAGGAUCCUGUUUUGUGGCAAAAUCCAGACUUUAAGGAAACAUGAAUUGAGAAAGCAGUUACAGGAGACACUCCAAUCAGAAUCAGACUGUGCUGACUAUGUUUUCUCAGUUUAGGUUAUACACUUUUUCUCACAUCAAGUUGAGGCCUCAGUCGAAACAAUCUCCUCGCCACAUCCUAAAAUCACCCAAGUCACCCAGUUUACUGUUAAAGCACAAAGAAAUACAGUUGUUGAGUUGUAUUUUCCUUCUCUCUGCUAACCUUGACCUAUAGGUAAGUCUGUAAGUCUCUGAUUUAUGCAGGACAUGAUAAAUCAUUUGAGCUCCGCGGGCAUGACACAGAGCCAACAGAUUGAAAACAUGCCUUUAGUAAUCUGUGUAUGUGUGUGUGCGUGUUUGUACUAGGCUUUAUGGCCUUUGUGUGUUUGAGAAAGAUGGGUGGGGAGGGGGGUGUGGUGUGGUGUCAGCACCUUAGUCUUUGCACAGUGCUUUAAUCUACAUAACUCUUUGUGUUGUACAUUAUUCUCCAUCAACAAGGUGGAGCCUCAUGGCCUUAGGUUACACAUGAGUGAGGGUAUCAGCUGCUAAGAUGUGGAGCAGAUCCAGUUAGCGAGAAGAGGGGGAUGAUACAUAGACUGUAAAUGAUGCUGUUGAGCUGUCAUUGUACAUGUCAUGUCAUAAAGAAUACAAAAGGUGUGUUAAGUAAAUUGUCACAAAACUAAUAAAUAAAUUGUCAGUG